AGAAAUUGGAUCCCGGUCAAGCAACAGAGCAGUGGUGGGGCACGGCACGUCACGGUACAGAGUAAAUGGUAAAGGGGAAAGGGGAAAGGGAAAAGGGGGCAGCAGCAGCAGCAGAACCAUGCAUGGAGGAGGGGAGGAGAGGGAGGAGUCAUGCCAAGGGCAGGAUAAGGUGCGAGAAGCAAACUGUAACCGCUUGGGGCGGUCCCCUGGCAGUGAACAGGGACUGGAAACAGUGGCAACCCAGAGCAUGCGGGAGAUUCAAAGGCAGCGUUCUCAUGUUUCGUGACCUCAGCAGAGUUGACAAGCAAUCUCCAUCCGAAGAUGGACUCGAGGACUCGAGGAGGAGGAGCAGGAGCAGGAGAAGAACGGGGGAAUAGUGGACUCUGAAAGAAAGUGCACGAGCUGCGCUGAGCUGUUCUCUACUCUAUUCUAUGCCUUGCUUGCAGCCAAAAUCCAGGGGCCUGGAACGGAAAAGCGCUGCGCCUCAAUCAGCCGAGGGGAAAAGGAAAGUGUGCACGAGGUGAAGUGUGCGAGCAGACUUGGUGCCCGGCGGGGGUGAAAGAUCUCCCGCUGCAGCUUCACACAUCACCCGACCUGAUUUCCAGGGCCCUCCGGCAAAAGAGUGUUUAAGAAGCAGCGAUGGCCCAGAGCAUGAUGGCUGAGCAGACGACGAAAAACAACAGCAGCCGCACUGGGAGAGCGAGAGCGAGAGGAAGAGGAGGACAGGAGUUGGAGGAGAGGCGGGGGCAAGAGCAAGAGCAGGAAGAGUGGCACCAUUGUUUCCCCCAUUGCAAGCGUACGGAAAGGAACGAGAGAGUAUCCUGUAGCGUUACGGCACCUGAGGGAGAAUCGGGAUGUCGGCCGAUCGAUUCGAUUUGUGUGCAUAAGGCGCUGCGUCGCAUCUGGAACCUGUGUACAGAGUCGGAGACAAUUUGUGAAUUCCCCCAGGAUUUAGCGACCUGAUAGAAAUUUGAAGUCUUGGAGCCCUGUAGUGGUGGACCGGAGUACUAGCAGAAUGUUUUCACCUCAGAUGACAAGAGAAUCUGAAGACGAAAGUCAGCUUGCAGUCGGGAGUUGAAAUACAUAGUCGAGCUGAUACGACCCUUCCACAGCUGCCGAUAGCUAGUUCCACCCUUCCCAUCGAUCGAAAAGACAGACAGACAAGACUGUCGCCUAAAGACGAGACAAUUUCUCGUGCUCCUCCAACUCCGACUAUAGCUACCGAAGCGGGAGGCAGAUGGAGGGCGGGCGGGCGAGGGCGACGUCGCCGGGCGAGCAGGAGAGGCUGGGGCGGAGGCACACGCUGAGGGGAUUCCUGCCGGGGGCGGAGGAGCACGAGAAGAUCGAAGCCGAGCGAUCGCUGGGGCCAGGAAUCCACUUCUACCCAUCGACGAGCGUGGCGAAGAUCGGCGACUUCAAGGACGAGGAGGACUGCAUUCAGGAGGCGAAUCGGUUCCAGCCCAGCGGCCUGGAUCCGACGGUGAUCUUCAAGAAGGUGGACGAGAACGACGCCAAGCUCGCGCCCGAGCAGAACAUCACGCUCUUCGCCCUGCGCCUGGCCAUGAUCGAGAAGGCGGCCAGCGGCAUCGGCACGCUGUCCUUCAUCUGGGCCAGCACCAUCAUCCUCGGCGGCUUCGCCUCCAACAUCAAUCCGUCCGAUUUCCUCGUGGUCACCAUCAUCCUCAUCACCGAGGGCACUCGCAUCUUCACCCGCAGCCGCGAGCUCGAAUGGCAGCACGUCACGUCCAAAUCCACCGACACGCUCAAAUUCCACAAGCCCGAUAAGCCCGACAAGCCCGACCGGCGCACGCUGUCGCGCCAGGACCGCCUCCCCAAGGACGACGUCCGCUGGCAGGACGGGCUCCCGGCGCGAGAACGAGCUGCCGCCGCGGCCGCUGCCAAUGCCGUCGCGCUCCCGCACCCCGACGUCGCGCCCCCCACGCCCCGACGAGAAGGCUCGACGGCCUCCGAGACUGCGCCGUCGUCGGGUUACUGUCUGCCGGCGAUAUCGGUGUGCGUGGAGAAGCCCGGCGAGAAGCGGACGGUGGCGCCGCUGGAGCGCGAGGCCGACGAGGACGAGGCGUUCCCGAAGGCGCCAAAGGGCGCGAGCCCGGAGAAUCCCGAGCGCGAGAAGAUCCAGAGGCUGCGGCUCGGGUCGCUUAGCGCCAAGAGCAUCAAGAGGACAUGGACGGCGCAAGUGGUGCCGAUGAUCCCUUGCGGCUUCCACUCGAUUCUGACCACUCGCGGCGUGAGCAGCCUGCUCUACUGGACGCAGCUCGCGUCGGCGCUCAUCUGCCUGAUCUUGUCGGGCUGGCGCAUGGCCAGCCAGGACUUCAACCCCGAGGGGACGCCGCCCGACGAGACGCCCGUGAAUCUGUUCUGGUCAGUGAACAUCUUCUACGCGCUGGCGCUGACGGAGGCGGCGCUGUUUCUGCUGGAGCGCGCGUACUGGGAGUGGAAGAUCUCGGUGCAGAAGCUGCUGGUGGACGUGAAUGAUCGGUGCGAUCUGGGCGAGGACAAUCGCGAGCUGACCAAGCAAUUCUUCUACGAGGUGUACAAGAAGUGCGUCGAGGGCAGCGUGUUCGACGGGCUGGACAUGGAUCUGGUCGAGUACAGCCUGACGCUGCUCAAGAGCGACAACACGUACGAGCAGCUGGGCGGCGCCAGGGUGCUGCGCAAGAUCGUCGACCGCUACGACGGGUUCGCGGCCGACGCGCUGCGCCGCAUCGGCACGACCUCGGGGAUCAUCGAGCGCCUGGUGGAGAUGCUGUCGUGGCGUGGCCCCAAUCAGGAGGAGAUGCGCAAGGAGGUGGCCGGGCUCAUCUGCCGCGUCGCGCGCUACAGCAAGAACUGCUUCCGCAUCGCGGCCGUGCCCGGGUCCAUGGAGGGCAUCGUGGCGCUGCUCAAGUGCCCCGGCGAGUCGGGCGAUGGCGCCGGCGCCAGCCAGACGCUGGCGCUGCGGCUGGACGGGCUGCGCAUUCUGGUGGCGCUGACGCGCGACAGCGUGAACCUGCUGAAGAUCGGCGAGACGCGCGGGCUGGUGCCGAUCCUGGUGUCAUUCAUGGCCGUGCGCGACCGGCUGCGGUUCAAGAAGAUGGACGGCAUCGAGCUGAAGAUCUUCAAGAAGGUGAUGCGCCUGCUGGCGCUGCUGGCCGCCGCGCGCAAUGUGUCGGGCAACAUCCUGCGCACGGUGGUGGCGCGCGUGGUGUCGAGCAUUGCCAACCUGCGCGACAUCCUCGAGGACGGCGACUCGCACCCGCAGCUGCAGUGGAUGGCCAUCGAGAUUCUGACCAAUCUGGCCCUGGACGACUCUAUUCGACGAGCUAUUGGCAGCACUGGUGGUGUCAUCCGCAUUCUGUUCCACAUCCACACGCGCCAUUUGAACUACAUGCGGUCCGGCGAGGUGUUCGCCUCCGAGGAGCAGCUGCGCGUGGAGAUGGCCGUGUCCAAGCGCGCUGGGGACGCGCUCAACCUGCUGGCCAUUCAGAACUCGAAGAACUCGCUGCGCAUGCUGGACCUCAAGGACAGCACCGGCGGCCGGCCUUUCAUCCCGGCUCUGAUCGAGCUGCUCAACGAGCAUCGCGAGCAUACGAUCUGCGCAGCCAAGAUCCUUCGCAGCCUCAUGGAGUACGGUAGCGAGGCGGAGAAGCGCGAGAUCGCUGUCUGCAGUCGCAGGAUCAUGAAGCUCGUCAUGGAGAGUCGAUCCCACAAGAUGCAGGAAGCCGUGGUGGGCUUGGCCCCGCGAGUCGUCGCCGUGCUGGACGACGAGGCUUACGACGAGAUAUUUUCCGCCAUCGAUCGACCCCGACUCGUGCAGCAGUUACUGGCGAAUCUCGAGCACAACUGUCAAGCCUCCAGCAAAUUUCCUAGAAUCCGCCGUCAUAGCAUCGAGUUCAUCGUGGUCCUGGUGAAAAGAGAUACCUACUUUUUGGAGAAAUUCAGAGAAAAUCGGGUCGAGCACAAACUGGAGCAGUCCAUGGAAACUAUCAGUGAGGUGGAAAACUUCGUUCUGUUUUCGGGAGCAGAAGGUCUCACGCGUCAUUCCAUCACCAUGGAAGAUCUCAUUCAAAGGUCCCUCUCACAGAUCAAAAGACAGAAUCAGCAACAAGGUCAUCACGAAAGCUUCCACUUGAACACGGCACAACGCCCUUGAGCACCAGGAAAUUCCUCUAUCCACACAAUCCUUACUCCCAUAGAGUCAGUCAUUCGUUCGUUGUUGUGAAAUUACAGCUUUCCAGUCCGAAACCCGUGGUUUCCGAUCAUAGAGCUUCAGCAAUCCGUAUCUCACGCCGGCCGAUGAAUUUCUUCAGCGACCCUCCGGACAGAGCCAAAGAAACCCGGCAAACGAGCACAACUUGUAGACAAUUUUGGAAACAACUCAACACAGACUCCCCCCAUACAACUGCUGAAAAACGUGGUCAUCUACAACCGCACAGAAUGAUAGGAUCUGCCAAUUAGUGCAAAGGAUGACAAGCUCAAAUCAGGGAGCGAAGAAACAACUAUCACGACGACGACGACGUUGACGGAGUUCAUCAAUGAAGGUGUACUAGACAGACACGCAGCCAGCGCAAGUUGGCUGUCUAUCCAAUGUACAAGGUUCAAGUAGGUGAUUGAUAACAUGGGCAGAGGAGGAUUCACAAGCCAAAGUAGGGUAGACAAAAGCCGGCCUCCAACUCUCACUCACACACGCACUCAUCCAUUCAUUCAUUCAUUGUCUCCUCCAAGUCGAGGGAUUAGCUUAGUCACGUCAUUAUUUCUUUAGUCACGUUGCCCGCUUUCUUCAUUCGGGAUGCGACCAAGGGCAUGCUUCUUUUGUGUGGAAGAUCCCCUGAGCCAGCCAGGCCCCCAGAGGCCCGCGAGCUCAAAGCACGGACAUCGUUUCGGGUCUCGGGUCAAUGUUCUGUCCGCCUUCCAGCCACUCGGAAGCUCGGCCGCCUAAUGUGGCUUUUGGUCGAUAAACAUUAACCUCUCUCUCUAAUCACACGAGAAAACGGCUCUUAAGUCUCCACUAAUUGCCAUUAGAUAUGCACGGGAGUCAGUAUUUAAAACCCGCCCUGCCACGAAAACAGCUCACUUCGUGACGACCAGUGGAUCGUCUCCACGGCGGAUGGAGUAAUUCCGUUGCCUCCCUCGGUCAGAACUCAGGCCACUGCUGACAAUGACAGAAGAAGCAACGAGGAUGCAGGAUCCCCGCGGAGCAUUAUCUUUUGCACCUCGAGUUCUCCAGCGCAGUCCAUCGCUGCUUACAUACAAUCCAGGCUCUUUAGAUUUUAGCUGCUCCCGCUUGUCGUACGGACGGCAUCGCUCGACAAAGCUCUGCAUACCCUGUAUUUAGCCAGACCGGGUGGUACGCCACCCCGGCAUACCUCGUACUUAUUUUUGUAUGUAUGGCAGCCGGCGCCGACGUUUCAGUCUUUGAGUAAACGGUC